AACUUUCUCCUAGAUAAAGCAACGGAUCCAUCAAAAACAAACGAUGGAGUUGAUUACAGAUCUCCAGUAUGUGACAGAAUUAAUCUAGAUCUGGAUGGGUAGGUCUUCCUGAAGUUUACCUUUAAAAACUAGUCAUAGUUGUCACUAAAUCUGCCCCCGACCUUUUAAAACCCGAAUGAAGACUCCUUGUGGUUGUCCAUGUAUUUGCUAUGAACCUUUGAAAUGCAGUUUUCGUAUUAGAGUUUCUGAGUGUAAUUCUUUUGUUUUCUGUUGUGUUUUUUCAAUUAUUACACUUUGUUUCCUGGGUUUAUGAAAAUCCAGAUACAUGUCAUUCUUAGGAUGGAACAUUGUUUUUUAUACAUCCCAUAAUGAGUUCAACCAACACUGCAAAUGUAAUAGAACGCGUGUUAAACAAAAAAACCAUCUUUAAUUAUUUAUUUGUAACUAAUAAUAUAAAUGUCCUAUAACUAAUGUGUCGAACGAAUGCUUUGGAUUCGAGUGUGACAUUCUUGAACGCAACUGAUAUAAAUGAUUUCGCAAUAAACUAACCCUGGUAAGGGCACUCAAGUUAAGCCCUGUCGGUCGGGGUUACGAAUUCUAAGUGGAUGGGUGACCAACUGCGAAUAUCGUCUUAAAGGUCCAUACGUUGUUCUUUCUUUUCUUCUUCUUCUUUUUUGCGUAUUAUAUGGUGUUAUUGUUAACAGUGUAUUGAAAAGCAGAUUUAGCAUUAUUUCGAUGUCCAGAUUUAGAAAAAGACAAAAACAAAGAACAAAUAUGGCCCGGUGCAGUUCGCCUGAAAAUUAUUAUUCUUCGGGCCUUAAUACAGAGCUGAAACUUUGCAGACUUUGAUCUAUAUAUCUGUGGGGAAACCGGCAAACUAAGAAAUCUGGGUUUUCGACAGUGUAAAACGAUCAUAAUUCCUCUGAUUCCAAUCUCCUGUUCCUCUGUCUCUUGCUGUCGGCGUUGCCUUCGCUGUGCUAAUCGAUGUUUCUUUUGCUCCGGGGUUUCUUGUUGACGUCUUCUCCUUCGUUGUUCAUGCUGAAUUUGAAGUCGGUGUUCUCGCUCCAGAGGAGUUUCGGUGGAAAAUCUUCCUGGGUGAGGAUUUGGAGCCACUUGUUGUGCUUGUGUGUGACACAAUUCGGCGAAUGUGACUCAUUGACAAACCCAGUUUGCGCGGUUGCUGAGCCUGGCGCACACGCUGAAAAUUAACCAGGACCACCGAGCACGCCUAGUUUCAUCAAAUCGAGAAAAUUUCGAAUACUAACACUACGACGAUACGAUACUUUUACUUUACGCGGGGGACAUUAGGGUGCCUUCUCGGGUUUCGGCCUCUGGGCCGGAACCCUGCGGGGGCAAUAAAUAUUAUAUUGUGACUGGCAAUUAAUACUAACCCUAGUACGAUAUAACAUGCGCUUUUGUUAUUCAGUAAGAUGCAAAUAUGAAGACAAAAAUAGAACAGGAGAUUCAGGCUGCGUGUUGUUUAUUACCCAAGAAACUUAAUUAAGUUUAUUGUUAACUUUUAGCUUUAAUAUUAAUUUAUUUUUUGGUUUCUAAAUAAAUAUUGUAUUGUAUUGUUUCUAAAUCUUUUCACGUAAAACAACAUGGCAGUCCACAAAUUGGGAUUCGUUACAUAGCAACAAAAGUAAAGAGUUCCCAUGAAGAGGAAGCAAUACUUGGUCUUAAUGUGAGUUUUACAAUCUGUAAAUAUCAUAACAUCCCUUACUGUGCUUCUCCAAAGAAACUCCGAGGUCCAAAAAUAAGCCAACAAUCUUAUUAGUCACCUCCUGCAGCUCUUUCAGCUGAUGAUCUAGGAAACAAUGGCACCUUACUUAUAUGCAAAAAGGUCAAAAGGUCAUGUUUUGAGUUAAGCUUGGAUUCAGGCCCCUCAAUGUGGAAAAAAGGGAAAAAAUCGGCAAGUAAAGGGAGCCAAGUGACGGACUAGACCCAGUCUCUCCUUACUUUUUCUUUUCCUUGCCAUGUCCUCAUGAUUUUUAGCCCCCUUCCCCUAAAACAGAGAGUUUGCCCACAGGCUUGUUUAUAUCCUUAUUGUUAAAAUAAUAUCAUUAAUAUUAUAAUUAGUAAUGGUAACAGGACUGAGUGGAGUCCAAUUCGGUCUGUAAUGAUGCGAGUGAUUAACAAAAUCAGACGACCGCGUAGCGGGAGUCCGAUUUGUUUAAUCACGAAUAUGAUUACAGACCAAAUUGGAUGACACGAAGUUCUGUUACCAAUUAAUCAUAACUUUAACAAAAUUUGUGAUAUAAUAGGCUAUUUUUUAAAUCAAAACACAAGAAAUUCGAAAUUUUGUUUUGCUAGCAGUGAAAAAAAAAAGCCAUUUAAGCGUGCGUGAUGGCGCAUACUGUUCAAUUACUUAGGCAUGACGCGUACUGUCCUAUCAAAGUGUCCAAUUAAGGCUGAAAUCAGGGCAGUUGAAAUCAGAUUUGAGAAUUUUGUUAUAGUUAUGAUUAUUAUUAUUAUCAUAAUCAAACCUGGCCCAGCAGUCAAAGAAAAUUAGUAAUUGCUGCAUUUGUUUUAAUUUUGUGGUCAUUUAUGUAAAGUUUUAAUGAAGAAAAGCUUUUGAAACAAUGGCUCAAGCACAGAAAAUUGUUCCAUAUGAAACAAGCAAUUCUCACUGCUUAAAAUGGAUCAGAUUACAUGAGGAGAUAAGGAAAGCUUCAUUGAUAAAAAGAAUAGAAUCGCUUCUGUUGGAAAAUCUGAUGUUGGGAAAAAAAUUCUAACCAGCAAAGAAAAAAGUAACAAUAAAAGAAUUUCCAGCCUUAAGGGAACAAAGAGCCAAAUUAGACAACACUUUUUUUUUUCAAAAGCUAGUCGAGUUUAUAACAAAAUGAAAAUAAAAUACUGGUGUGCCGGACAUCACAUGUCCUUGCCCCUUGAAAACGUUUCAAACAGUGCAGCAAAAAAAUUCAAGUUUCAAUUGUGUAACAAAAUUGCCCUAGGAAAUUUUAAAAGAGACUUAAAAAUUAAUGAUUAAACUGCUUAAAUAUUUAUCUACAAAGUGAAACUGAAUCAACAGUAAUUUUGUAGCUGGACUGGUAAGGGAAACAAUCAUUCUGAUUUUUCCCCAAAAUAUGACUGUUGUUCACGGUACAGUUUGAGGGCAAGAGAUCAGUGUUCAUCUCUUCACUGAUUUCAGCCAAAGAUGAAAGUUGUCAAAUACACGCAGUAAUUUGCGUGCGAUAUGGUGGAUUUACAUGCAAGAAACACGCUUGCAAUGCUGCAAAUUUCCUGAGGUCUGUACUUACAGAGACAAUUUCACUUUACCACUGAUUAUAAAAUAAUGUAUUAUGCAAGACAAUGAAACAGUAAUUCAGGCAACCCUUAAUGAAUUUACAAUGUACAGUUAUGAAGUAAACCAUUCUUUUAUGUAUAUUACCCUGUACUUCCUGUUCCUUUUAAUCAGCUUAUUGAAGCCUGCGUACAAAACUGUGGCCAGCGAUUUCACACAGAAGUUGGAAAAUACAGAUUCUUGAAUGAGCUCAUCAAACUUAUUUCAUCCAAGGUAAUAAUAUUUCGGAUAACCACAUUAUUUGUAGUCGAAGGUGCUGUUUUUUGGGACAGUUUUGCCAUUGUAAAUAAUCUGUUCAUUGUAGGAAAUUUUGUCUUAUUAGUGCAUGUGACCAGAUUUUCCAAAGUUUAUUUUCCCUAAUGCUAAUGUUACAGGUCAAAUUUGGUUUUAACCUACAUGUAGGUCAAUUCUUAAUUUCCUUUGUCUUGUGGUGCUAUUAAGAAACAAAGGAAAUCAAGGAACAACCUAGGUUAAUCAAAAUUAAUCAGAAAUCAAAUUUGACUAGUUUAACAUCUACAGAUAAUUAUUAAUAGCAGGGUACAAAGAAAAUCAUUUUUACAGCUUGCCAUUCGGGCAAGCUUAAGGUAACAUUUACUAGUCCAGACGUCAUUUCAACUAGCCCCAAAAGCUUUUUGUAGAGCAGAAUUGAUUUCAUUGUUCUUGUGUUAUUUGAAUUCCUCAAAAAAGAUCACUUGCCCAUCGGGCAAGUUAAAAACAGAAUUCACUAGCCAGAUAGCAAAAUUCACUAGCCCCAGGCUAUCGGACACUACUUUCUUUGCAUGCUGAAUAUCAAAAAAUAAUACAACAAAGUGGUAAGAAGCUAGGGGCUUUCACAACCCAUGGAUGACAAGAAAACCUAUCUUAAUGCUUGAUCAUUGACAGCAACACAAAACUAUCAUGUACAAAUGAAAGAAAAUUGUUUAUUUUUAACUGUUUAGAUCUUGUACUGUCAUAAGAGAGAGAUCACUGUUAUGUCCAGGGUUUUCAAUAACAAAUUAUUGAAGUAGCCAGCAGGUUUAAGUAGAGUAACUGACUGUAGCUGUUAGUCCCCUUCUUUUAAAGAGGUCUGGAGGCAUGCUCUGCCAGAAAAUUUAGGAAUUUCAAAGCCCUUAAUUGCGAUUUCCAGUUUUGAGGGGACUAAAUUGGGUACAAAUAAGUGUGUUUUUCAUUCAAGAAAAUAUACACGUAGCUUUCAUUCAGGUUUCACAUCCACGCAAUCAAUUCUUACAAGCAGUGGACAAAUGUCAAUAUUCAGAAUUAAGAACAUUCGCACGUAAACAAAGUCUGCGUAAACUUUUGAAGAACAUAAGAAAAAUUAACUGAAAAAGAGCAUUGUGUAACUGAAGCAUAACAUAACACCAGUGGUUCUUGAAAACGCAUCAUAAUUAAGCUAACGUUUUCAUUCAGUUUUUAUGAUGAUUUUUGUUUACAACAUUAUUAAAACAAGUUGCUUUUUGGGGGGGGGGGAAAGUAGGCGACUGUUCUGAGCAAAGUAGCCGAUGCAUUUUUGUCUGCCAUUUGUGCUUACUGAAAACCCUGUAUGUCAAUGGUAGUUAUCACAUUAUAAUAAUGAAAGCAUCAGGUAUAUUUUAAGGUGAAAUUGCACCUGGUUUGCAAGUUUGCUGACUGCCGACAGAUUCUCCCUGAAUAAUUCACUAUAAACCAUAUUAUCUUGAAUGUAUUAGCCAUUUACCUUCUGAUUGCCAGUCUCUUUUUAUGUUGACCCCAGUAUGAUGGAGACUGGACACCUGAUGCAGUUAAAAAACGUAUUAUAGAAUUGAUGUACAGUUGGACGGUAGGAUUACCAAAAGAAACCAAAAUUAUAGAGGCUUAUAAAAUGCUAAAACAGACAGGUACAGUAACUAUAAUAUCAAGAAAUAUGAUCAUGUACUUUGCUGUAGAUUGAUUGAGUUUAUAUUGUAUUAUGUUUUUAUAUGUUAUAAUUCACAAAGGUUUCCCUGUAGAUUUAUGUGCUUUGUACCAUUCUCUUAAAAAGUAAUAUUUAUUUAGUUUUUUUGUCUUAAAAGUGAUGAAGUGAUAUGUAAAGUUAAUACUCCCAUCAAUGUGACUCCACUAUCAAGUGGAAUAAAACAAAAGAAAACAAUCCUGACGGCUUUGAUCCUGACUCAUACCCAGUCGUCUCUUGUCCUUUGUAGGCUGUAACAGAACAGCAGAUCCCUUCAACACCUCCCCCCCCCCUGCCCACCACCACCUUCUCACACAUACAUUCUGCAUGCGCUUCCCACAUUUAUUUAAGAGAGACAAAGGAGAAGACUUGGGAUGAGUCAGGCUUAAUGACCUGCCUUGCUGAAGUGUCGUCACAGCUGUUUGGUCACACAACAAGAAUUUGCAAGGUCAGGUAUGGGCCAUGCACUAAAAAGAACUUCAAGAAAAUUGGUGUCCAGGUGUCACCCUUUAAUUCCUAAACUGAUUUGAGAUACACAUAAAAGUUGUCUUGGGAUUGGUAAUCAUAAAUCAUGAAUAAAUAAAAACUUAAAUAAUUGCCCUUCCCAAGGAUAAAAGAGUGUCCCCAAUCAUGCUUCAUGAAAAAAGUAUAGGGGACAUUCAUUGCUUGCUCUACAAUGUAAUUUCCCAUGAUUGUUAUUUUUGCAGGAAUUGUUACAAAGGACCCUCAAGAUCCUUAUGCGAAGUCUGUAGUACGUAUUGACUAUAGUGCUGUUGAUGUUGUUAUCUUAUUUAUUAACGUAGUACAGUAUCCCCUAAUUGGAAGGUAAAUAAUGGUUGAAAGUAUACAAUAGUUAUACAGUGAUGAAAGUUUUGAAUUUUAUAUACAGGCUGUAAAGCACCAUGUACUGACCUUGAGGGGGGUAAAAUGUUAUAUCUUCUGAAACUGUUGUGAAACAGAACACCGUAAUAUUGACUUGUGCCCUAAAAAAAUGAAUAUUAUACAACUAUCCCCCAAAGGGGAGGUGAAUAGUGGAGGAUAUAUACCAAGAUGCGAAGCUUCGAGGUACAUAUCUAGUGCUGUUCACCGACCCUGAGGGGGAUGGUUGUUUUGUAUUUACCAAGUCAGCUGGAGAAAAAUGAAAAAGUAACUUUUUGUAAAUUAAAAAUGUCACUUAGUAGGAACUUUGUCUACAUUUUCAAACAUUUUGGGGAUAUUGUCAAGAGCAUUUUUACAAUUUUGUUGCAAAUUUAGUAUGAAAAUAAUUUUCUACCUACCAGUAAACAUUGACAAUCCAAAGUUUGUCGCUUUCUUGGUAUUUAUUUUAUACCACUGAUUCAUUUAUCGCUCAAAUUUCAUAUUCUAAAUGUGACGCCAUCUUGGCUCUGGUCGCAAAACAGUGAAUAGCCAAGGUUAUUCCGAGUUACAGGAGCCAAUCAAAAUGCGCUAAAAUUGCUAUUCACUGAUUUGGUAAAUACUAAAUUAAGGAUACUCCAAGUUACAGAAGCCAAUCCAAUGCUAAAAUAAUUGCUAUGGGAUGACAUGAUAAAUGCUAAUAAUAUAUUAUGAUUAUGGUUUUAUGUGAUAUUUCUUAUUGAUUCAUUUACAUAACACUGAAUUAAGAUACGUGUAAACUUUUGUCAUUUGUAUUAAUAUUAUUGUAUUGCCUGCAGCAUGCAACUUAACUUGCCCGAUGCAAAAUGAAUUUUUGGGAAAUUUAAAUGACAGAACAUCUGUAAUCAACCCUGCUCCUCAAUUUUUUUUGGCUAAUUAAAAUGACUGUUGGGCUAGUACAUGUUAUAGCUGCAGCUUGCCCAAAUGGCAAGCUGUAAAACUGAAUUUCUUCGCACCCUGAUUACCAGUACUAAAUAGUUUAUUAUGUUUUGUUUUUUUAUUAGUUUAGUGUUUAAACUGAGGUUGCAGGGAGUAUUUUCAUUUUUAGUAAUAUUUUUUGUCAGGAUUUCUUUUGAAUGGCAGUUGAUAAAAGAAACUUUCACACUCUUUCACAUCUCAUCAAUACAAUAAUAUUCUUACUACUUUAUUUACACAUGUAUCUUUAAAAACCAAACAUGAAAUGCUCAUUAUUUUGAGUUAGUGUAAGUUAAGAAAAACACCAUGGUCAGUAAUAAUGAUAUAAUAAUACACGUAACUUUUUUGUUGAUAGGAUCCACCACCUGAAAGACCCAAAGAUACAAUAUUUGAGGAUGAAGAAAAAUCAAAGGUUAGCUUUUUUGAAAGAUAUAACUUGAUAUGUUUUUUUGAUAAGAUACAUGUAAAUCCUGUUAUCUUCUGGGUAUGUAUAAAUAUGUAAAAAGUUCUAAAUAUUUUUAUAGCUUGGGAUUUGAAUGAUUAUGGUAUUAAAGGAAUACAGUUUAGGUUGUAUUCCUGAGGAAUAUCUGGCAGAUUUUAGCUGACCUGCUUAUUAACAUAAGUUUAUUCAUCUAUCAAAACAUGCAUGCAUGACUGUUCACUAAUUUGUUUUUGUUUGUACAUUAAUGUACAUUGUUUAUUUAGCUUCUGUCUCGGCUUUUGAAGAGUUCACAUCCAGAAGAUUUACAAGCAGCAAACAGACUGAUUAAGACCAUGGUCAGACAGGUAACAAGAGAAAUAUUGUUUCCCGGGUAGAGGUGGGGGAGGGGGGGGGGGGGGGGGGAUGGACUUUCACACAAAAGGGACGGGGGGGCUUGUCUGAAAACUAAAAUAAAACCCCAAAGGGGGACAAAUUUGGCUCAAGCUUAAAUUGACCUCUAAAGGACACAAUCCAAAAACAGACAUCUAAAUAAAAGCAAGAGUGCUUUUUUUUUUCCUAAAGAUGUUAGCAUGAAAUGAGGGGUGGGAGGGUGGUAGAUGGACUUUCACACAAAAGUGACGGGGAUGCUUGUCUGAAAACUAAAAUUAAACCCCUAAGGGAGACCAAUGUGGCUCAAGCUUAAAUUGACCUCUGAAGGACAUCAUACUAAAACAGACAUCUAAAUAAGAGCAAGAGUGUUUUUUAUUGUGCUAAAGAUGUUAGCAUAGAACGCAUUCAUCUAUGAUAAGAUUUCAUAAGCAUUGUAACUUUCUUUACUCGUAGCCCUAAGUGAUACACAGGGAAAAUGGAGAAUCAACCUAGGUUUAAAAGAUUUUAACCUGAAUUUAAUUUUGACCUGUGACAUAUCCAUGUUUAUAAGAUGUGGGGGUGGUUGAUACCAAUAAGCCACUUGCACUAAGAGGUCACGUGACCAAUGCUUCCUUUGAACAACGAGUUGGAAUCUUGCUGAUGCCAAAAACUGUUAGAGCACACAAAAAUUAUCUUACACCCGAAAUUUGAGAGGAAACGCAUUUAAGGAAGAUAUUUUAUGGCACUUUGAUUUUUCAGCAAAGUAGCAUGAUUUGUAUUGGCCGCCAUGUUGGAGGGCAUACUUUUGCCCUCCAACAUGGCGGCCAAAACUACUUCUUGCUCAUAUCUUGUUCUACGUUUCAUAUUUAUGCUCAGAUGUGCUGUAAACGUUAUCACUUCAUCUUUUCAACAUUCUCCUUGAAGUUUAAGUGCAAAAUUUGUGUUCAGAGAGAGGUAAUUCAUAAUUUUAAAAAUCAAAUUUUGGUCUCGUGACCAUUUACGAACUUAUUCAUUUUAAGAAAAUGGUUCGGGUUUGAAAAACCAAAUUACCAUUAUUUUGUUUAAGAUAUGACCCACUAAUCGUCUUUCGAAGGCAAAAUCAUAUAACUUUCAUUUUCAUAAAAACGAUGUCACAUGCCUCUAAGUGCAAAUGGCCUAUCGGACACAAAACAAGACAAAAAAGCACUUGCCUAGUUGUUGCUAAAGUUUAUAAUCCCAGAGCAGUCAUGUAUGACAACCAACUCCUUUUUCAUGAACCUCAAUUUUAUCCUAUAUUCUUUGGCAAAUUAAUGUUGCUUCCUCUUAGGACGACAAUGAUGCAAUAGUUAAAGCAGGAUAGCUUGGCAUGACAGGUUGCUCCACCAGCACCAGGCUAUUGAACAGGACUUUUGUUGCACACUGAUGAAGUAAUAAACCAAACUUUUGAGUGAAAUAAUCUGUGUUUCCCAUAAAUGAAAUUGGAUUACUUCCUGGAACUAGUGAACUGCCUUAGAUUGUAAAUUAAUUUUUAUAAAUACUUCUGCAAUAAUAUUUGAAUACUGUUCUAGAUGUGUUAUCCUAUGAAAUAGUACAUGAUCUGUUGUAUUUAUUUUGAUAAGGAUGAAAUGAAGAUAGAACGGCAAGUGAAAAGAAACACAGAAGUAGACACAUGCUGCAAUAACAUCAAAUUGUUAACAGAGAUGUUGAACCACUACAGCCCAAGCUCUCCUGCACAGGACAAGGAGUUGAUGAAGGUAAGUAACAUAAUCGUUAUGGUCCAGUGAACUUGUAAUAAUUUAACAGGCUGAAUUAUAAGCUUCAUGCUCAGUUUACACACUAAUAGGGACUUCAAGCUAAUCACUAUGGCGACCUCUACUAUGGCAGUUGUGGACUUGUUCAUUAAAUUUCGCUGUCAGUAAAAUGCAGGGAAGAUGUUAUGACUGGAAAACGGGAAGCGUCAAAUACUUUCUUGAUAAAGUGAAUAACAACCUAUGAUACGUUUUAAAACCAGUGAUCGUAACAAUAGGAAAAAAGUUGACUUAUACAUUAGUAGCUACUAUGCCACAAGACUGAUAGGUUUUCAUAUUACAGUAUUUGGAACUGUGGCGAACUGUCAUUUCCAAGCAUGUGCACUGUGUCGUUUUAGGACUUUGGUAGAGGUCGCCAUAGUUAUUUGCUUAAAGGCUGUAAUAUUUAUUUCCUGCUGACAGCCAUAAGCAGACCAUGCCAGCUGCUCUUUGCGAUAUGCUUCUUAGUUAAAUUGCUGCUCUUUGUGAAUCUAUGCAUCUAAAUAAAUUAAAUUUUCAUUUAACUGCAUUUAAUUUAUGAAGAUGAUGUGAACUAUGGAAAUACAAAUUUUGAAUGAAGACAUGAUCAUCACAGUGGUUGUUGCAAUUUAAGCAAUUGCAACUAAACCCGAAAAAAAUUUUUUGGGACUGCAACAGAAUUUGAACUCAUCGCCUCUGCAUUAGCAUUAUAGUGCUCUACCAUUUGAGCUAUGAGGACCUAUACAUUGGCAGGAGUCCAAUUUGUUGAGUUCAUCUUAACCUGUGAAAGGAAUGAAAAAUAAAGAUGAUGUGAACUGUGAAAAGACAAAUUUUGAAUGAAGAUAUGAACGUCACAGUGGUUGUUGCAAUUUAAGCAAUUGCAAAUAAACCUGAAAAAAAAUCUCGGGACUUCAACGGGAUUCGAACUCCCCUGGCCUCUGCAUUAGCACUGCAGUGCUCUACCAUUUGAGCUAAGAAGACCCAUACAUUGGGAGCGGGCCAUUUUGUUGAGUUCAUCUUAACCCGUGAAAGGAAUGAAACAUGAAACAUGUAUUUAAUUUAAUCCUCAGCUUUCGAGGGUGUUUGCUUUGUAUACUGGACUUCUGCACUUGGUAUAAUGUAUACAUUUUGUUGUUUAAUUGAUAGGAGCUUUAUGAUGCCUGUGAUAAGAUGAGACCACAGCUGUUUAGAUUAGCAAGUUCAGCAACCGAAGAUGGUGAUGAGGGGCUAGGUCAGAUAAAUCAACUAUGAAAAACUCCUUUGGUUCUAAUCAGAUAUAAAGAUAUUUUUAGAUGAUUUAGGAUCUGUACUUCUCCUGGGUUGUCUAGAAAAUACCUGGAAAUUCAGAAUUUUCUUCCAAUGCUCUACUGUAGAAAACAGCAGUUGGAUAUUUCUCCUUAUUUACGUGCAUCUUCCUUUGAUUUUUUCAUUUAGAAAUUAAUUUCCAUGAAAUAACUGAAAAGCAUUUUAUAGUGUUUAGUUGUAUGACUAAUCUUUGUCUUAGGUCCGGUUUAAACAUUGCAUUUCAUGUGUGCUGAAUCAAAUUUAAUGCUAAUGGUGAAAAUCUACGGUUCUUGCUCAUUUGCAUUAGAUUCAGCACAAGUGCAUGCAACAAUUGAACUGGGCCGGGUUGUUAAAAGCAGAGUUAAGAUAACCAGACUUGCUAACCCCCAAAAGGCAAAAAAUGUGAGACUCUGAACCUAGACCUGAGAAAAGUAAUGAGAAAUGGGUAAAAGGUCGUGAGAUGUCCCAAAUUUCCUAUUGGAAGGACUUUCAGUGGAGGUUAUGGGUAUUGGAAGUCACCUAUCACUUUAAAGCUGGAGCAGUAAACAUCACGAUCAAUUUUACGAGUUAUAGGUUUUGUAAUUUUUAUGUUUUUUUGGCGGCCAUCUUGAGAGAAACAGCCUCACAGUUGGUGGCAGCGGCAAGUAGCGGUAGGCUAGAAGAAUGCAAUCAAACGCGAACGCUAAGCGUUUUCUUCGAAUUGAGCUGGCUAUCUAUUGAUAUCUGACUUGGAAACGAACCCUACAAUUCCAAAAUUGUUUGGAGUUUGACUUUGGAGAGAGCUUGAAAAAUCAGUUGCCAACUCGUGAGAACGUGAGAUAGGUCGUGAAAUCGUGAGAAUCACGACAAAGUCGUGAGACUUGGCAAGUCUGGAUAACCUAGGGUUAAGGGGAAAUUUGAAUCAGAUAUAAAAGCUUAAGAGGCAAAUUCAGUUAUAUUCUUAGUCUACAAUUUGAUGGUUGGAUACUCUAAAAAGAAUACAGAAAGUUAUCCCGGAAAAUGCUUUUGAACAAAAGAAAAAGAAACCCAGCUUUAAAUUUAACCCUGGGUUAGCGUUAAUUGGCCUUCAAACAAUUAGGCCCUGGACGUUAACAUUUUCUGAUAUAUUUCUGGAAAACUCGUGGAAUUGUGCUCUUUGUGGGAAGAACCAACCCUAGUUUAGUGCAGCAAAUCAAAUUUAAUACAUUUUUUUUUUAAAAAAAAGAACUAACUGUAGUUGUUGUGCUGACUUUUUCAGCUGAAAUCCUACGGGUAAAUGAUGAUCUAUCACGAGUGUUAGAGUACUACCGAAAGAUAUUUGGAUUAGCCCCUGGCGUGUCCGCUAGGACUGAACCAACACUCCCUCCAACAACUCAGACUGCAGAUGUACAUGAGGUGUCAACAGGACCUGCGUCCACACUUAUUGAUUUAGGUGUAGGCGGUCAGACAGCUGAUUCAGCAGAAACACCUGCUUCUAGUGUACUGGAAAACGAAGUUAAGGCCCUUGGUAAGUAUUGAGGUAUUUAUUUAUUUAAUCACGGAUGUCACGUAAAGAGAAGAGAAGCGUGACAGCGCAAAUAAUCGAAUUUAUGAGAUUGUGGGAUUGGUUAGUAAAUUCAGAAAGAAGAAGGUGAAAAAAGCGCCCUUGCCAAAUAUCAGCCUGUUAGUGCAAAUUAGCGGGGAGAUAUAAGCACCUUUAUGCCCUGAUGACCCUAGACAAAUCCUUCUAAAAUUGGCUUGGUACGUAACGUUUACGGUCCAUGCCUAUUUUAGAAAUAUUCAUAUGGACUCAUCAGAGCAUUACUUUGCUUGGGAAGAAAGGGAAAUGUGGCCGGAAAUUUGUCCUUUUUUGGCGUUAUCAAUGUAUUGUGUACUGAUCAAUAACAAAUGUUCAUGUAAUUGGUCUUCUUUCUGGUGUGCAGUUUGCGCAAACUCACCGUUAUAUUUCUGUCGUUUUAAUGUGGCUUUCAAAAUGUACCCACAUAUUUUGAGCACAACAAAGUGUAGACUGAAUUUUAAACCUUUUUUUUCCACUUGGUUUGUGAUUUAUUGAUACUACUUGAUAACUGUAACCAAGAGAGAAUGCUGUAACAUUGUUUUUCAGGGCUUCAUGACAUUGAUGCUCCACCUGCAGCUUCCACCGUGCAUUUGCCGAUCCAGGUACAGUUUUUUUUGAGAUCCAUCAAUUACAAGAUACAGUACAUGUAUUUCAUUCAGUUUGUACUUGGUAUGUAAAAAGUGAGGGGUAACCUCGAAAGUCCCGGUAACUUUUCAGUUCUGUAAUCAAAUAUUCAAAUCAAAAUGUAAAGAAUAAAAUCGUGGGUCCUACAUGAAGCUAACAAACCAGCCCAUUUUGUUUAAUCAACUGAUAGUUUUUUCAUGUUAUAUGAAAAUGUAUAUGAAAACAACAAUUACCGCUUUUCGGGCCCGUUAAUUAUUGAGAGUUCUGACAAAAAGGCCCCAGUUUCGUAAGGAGCCCUAAAUUCACUUUACUGUGUGUAAAAUUACCACAGGGAGCGCAACAACCAGCCAGUAUGGGACCUUGGGGAGCACCAGCUCAGAAUUUUGGCAUGGGCCCAACGAAUAUGUCUUCAACAGUGGGCGUGGUCCGACCCAUGGGUCAAUACCAAACACCCGGUGUGGGCCCGCCUGCUUAUAUGGCAACAGGACAAAUGCCUAGAAUACCUUUCCAACCCAUUGGACUGGGAGUAAUGUCAAUGCCACCCAGACCAGGGCCAAUGAGUAUGGGUUCGAGUAGCCUCACCAUGGCAACCACUGGGUCCCCUCCGGCUCCUUGCCACUUGGCCUUUCCUUUGCUCGGUUGUUUCGGAGGGUCACGGGUUGACCUACUGGGUCAGGAAAUGCUGCAGACACAGAAACAACAACAGAAACAGAAACAAACUGUAACACCAUUACAGGAAAAAGCAGCACCCGAGCAGCAGCAGCAGCAGCAGCAGCAGGUUACAGGCCCGUCAACAGACAGCUUACUAUCACUUGGGCUUGAGCCAAGUGCUGCAUUAUCACCACAGCCUGCCGGUUUACUUAAUUUAAGUUCCAAUUCACCUGCAAGCUUCGCUUCUGUCACAGCACCACCUAAACCAACUGUACCUGCCGCCCUGGACAAUGUAUUUGUGCCUUUAGAUACCAUAAAACCAGGUAAACAGGAAUGGUCGGUUAUUUAAACGAAGUCUAACUUAAAUCCGCGGCUUAACAAACCUUUAGACGUGCAGAUCUAAUAAUAGGCUCUAAGCCUCUAUUGAGAUUAUUGCUUUGGAUUUCCAGACUGGAAUUAUUUGAAAUAAUGACUUUCUUGAACAGUAUGUUUACCUAGUGCAACCUUUUAUCAGUCAGUCGUAGAAAAGACUUCAAAACAGCCUCACUUUGUCAGAUAACGUCAAGCAAGCGAAAAACACGAGUGCACAGAACGCCGCUUCCUGUCAAAUACGUCAAACGUGAAAAAAUCGACACAAGCUAUUGUAGUUUCCCCACUAAAAGUACCUGUAAUACAGAAAGAGCGUUCUUCCAUGAGUUAAUCGUUCCGAAAGCUGAAGAAGACAGAGUCUGUUCGCUUUGCUUUACGUGGUUGCUCGUCUAAUCGAAAUGAGGUGGCUAAAAAUUAUGUCCAGAGAUGUCGUUCGUGUACUUUGCGCACAUGCGUGUUUCAGUAAACCUGCUGCCACAUUCCGCCUUCUUUCGGCCAGGGCCUUUGUUUUUAAUGCGUUGAUUGUGUUCGCUCGUAAUUAUUUUAAUCAUACAUUUCUCCGAUUUUUGACUUGUGGGAUUAACUGUCAUUUUGAUCGGGGAAUGAGAUAACAUUUUACAAGUUCAGCCGGAAGAAUCAAACUACAACGCUUCCCCUUUUCAUUUCCAUAGGAAGCCAUCCACCACUAACAGCUCUUGACAAGAACGGCAUCAGAAUAAUUUUCCAUUUUGCAAAGGUAAGUCCUGGUGAUGUGAGUUAUGUCCUGUUAUGCGUUGCGACAAAAGUCUUAUAUUGUGUACAUUCAGUGCAAAUUAUUAACUCUACAGUCUGACCCUUAAGGGAGUAAUUUGAGUAAGAAAUCAUCAUCGUCAUAAUCUGUAGCAUCAUCGUCAUUUGUUAGUACAGCUUUCACAAAAACGCAUCGGUUAUCAUCUAUCUUGGGAUCAGACUCCUUUGGUGGAGGAAACAUGGAAAAAAAUCGCGAGCAAGCCAUCUCCUCACGAUUUUCCCCCCUUUCCUUUACACGGAGAGCUAGGGAUCAAGUUAGGUUUCUGGGAAACUGCCCACCUACCCCUCCCCUAACUCAACAUUUUGCCCUAAGUGAGAAGUAAGUGUUAAUGUUGACUUAGGAGAGGGGUAGGCAUCAUCAUCAUCAUCAUCAUCACCACCACCAUUGUCAGGGUAACUCAUCGGCUAGCCCUUCUCGUCUGACUAUUAAUUUAUUUAACACUUUGUCAAUUUGCUCCACUUAAUUUACAGACAAGUGCAGAGUUAAAUAGGAAUGAUCUAAUGAUAGUUGUCAUAUCCACCAUGAGUUCGCUGUCUUCAGCGGUUAAAAAUUUUAUCUUCCAAGCUGCAGUACCAAAGGUAAGAAGAUAAGAGGUUUCUCUCGACCAUUAUGUCUUUUCUUUGUUUAUAAACCUUUGCUGAUGGGGCGGAGCAGGGUAGGGUGCACUUAUCAGCUGCUUUGGCCGAGGGAAAAGGGAGCUUAUUCGGAAAAGGUGAGCUCAGUGAAAAUUGAGAGCCUUUUGGGUGAAAAACAGUAUGUCAAUUUACUCCAUUUUCUUGUUUUUGUAUUUGCCUUUUUUGUACUCAUCAGCUUCCUUAAUCCGGGCCUCUGUCAUUAGCGCACCCGUGUAUUCACCUUCAUUUACUUUUUUCGAGAGAGCAAGGGUGGCGCAGUGGUGAGAGCACUCGCCUCCCACCAGUGCGGCCCGGGUUCAAAUCCUGGCGUCGACGCCAUAUGUGGGUUGAGUUUGUUGUUGGUUCUCUCCCUUGCUCCAAGAGGUUUUUCUCCGGGUACUCCGGUUUUCCCCUCUCCUUAAAAACCAACACUUCCAAAUUCCAAUUCGAUCUGAAACGCACGGAUACGUUUCAACGAGUUCUUAAGAACUCUUAAGUGCUCCGUGGGCAAACAAAUUACAUAUUUUUUUUCCUCAAAUCUCUUUGACCGGCCACAUUUGUGGAAAAUGGGUCACCAGCAAGGUUCCAGUACUCGCAUCAAAAUUAGAUAUGAAUUUCGGACGUUAUUGUGGGGUCUUGCUUUGUUUUGCAGACGAUGAGAGUGAAGCUUCAGCCUCCAUCAGGGAGCGAGUUACCGGGUUAUAACCCCAUCCUUCCUCCUUCAGCCAUCACUCAAGUCAUGCUGAUAGCUAACCCCGCAAAGGUAAGCUCUGUCAUUGCCGAACUGCUGAGUGGAUAAUCCCUCUGAUCGUGCGUAUGGCAUCAUUCCUUUUUUCCGUUGAGGUACAAUCUUUCCCUUGUUGAUGAUUUAUAUUGCGAAAGGUUUCUGACAGCGGUUUUUGGCCUCUACUUGUUUGUUUUGUUUUGUUUUGCCACGGAGUACCAAGAGACAAAAUCUGACCAGUGUACUGAAACGUCUUUUCGUGACGUUAUUGCAUUAUUAAGAUGUGUAAAGGACUAUGAAUUAAUUGUUUUAAAAUACGAAUAGAUGCUUAAACUCAUGGAGAAGUUUUUGGGCAAUUGAUAUAACUAAGUUUUCGCUCAAGAGGAUAAAUUCAAAUUAGCUUGUAAUCACUAGGAACUGAAUGUUGUAAAAAUGUAGCUNAACCCCGCAAAGGUAAGCUCUGUCAUUGCCAAACUGCUGAGUGGAUAAUCCCUCUGAUCGUGCGUAUGGCAUCAUUCCUUUUUUCCGUUGAGGUACAAUCUUGUUGAUGAUUUAUAUUGCGAAAGGUUUCUGACAGCGGUUUUUGGCCUCUACUUGUUUGUUUUGUUUUGUUUUGCCACGGAGUACCAAGAGACAAAAUCUGACCAGUGUACUUAAGUUUACUGAAACGUCUUUUCGUGACGUUAUUGCUUUAUUAAGAUGUGUAAAGGACUAUGAAUUAAUUGUCUUAAAAUACGAAUAGAUGCUUAAACUCAUGGAGAAGUUUUUGGGCAAUUGAUAUAACUAAGUUUUCGCUCAAGAGGAUAAAUUCAAAUUAGCUUGUAAUCACUAGGAACUGAAUGUUGUAAAAAUGUAGCUAUUCAUGUGUUUGAGGCUAAGAAUCGUAAAUGCUAACUCUUGGAAAAUUUUUUUUUAUAUCACAGGAAAAGAUCAGGUUAAAAUAUAAAGUUAGCUACGAAGUUGACAGCAUCCCAAACACAGAAACUGGAGAAGUGGACAGUUUUCCUAAUAUUCAGGAAUAA